GGAAGUGGCCAACGGGAGCUUCCCGAGGAAAAGCGAGGGGCGAUCCCACGUUUCUAUAGAAGGAAAUGGGGAGUGUGCUUGACAGAGACCACUUCCAAUCUGGGACCCAAGAUGCAGUAUAAAGAGGGAGCUGAUUAAUCUGCAGCAUCAAAUGAGGAGGCAGAGUGGUGAAGGACUCUUGUUAAAAGAAAGUUGAGUAAGUCUUGACACUUUAAUUUGAUAUUGUGUUUUAUUGUAAUUUUAUUGAAUAUUGGGUGCAGGUUUUUAAAAAUUAAAUAUAUAUAGGUGUAGACACUUAUGUACAAGAAUAUCCCACACAACUGUUACCCUUCUCCAGUAAACAUAGGUGUACACUGACUGGGGACCAAGACAGGUGUUAAUGUGAGACAGAACUGUUAAUGUACAGGGGCUGGUUGCACCAGUUACACGUUAAACACAAGUUGGUCUUACAUUUUUAAUCGGACGUAGAGUAACGACCAGGCACAAGCCCACCUGUUGCAACCAGCUCUGUGGUGGGUAGACCAGUUAAUGAAUGAAAUUGAUCCUUUCCCCUGGCUUUAUAAAGAAUUGUCUCUGUCAUUGUCACACAGUAGCUACCUGUCUUUACCGCUCUCUGAUUGUGUCCCUCUCUCUCUCUCUCUCUCUGAUUGUUGUUCUCUCUCUCAUAAUGAAUGUUCUGGAGCACAACGACUUUAUCAACGUCAGUAAGGAAGAAACUGCCAUUGGGAAACACCAGUGUCAAGAUCCCAAAAAGUACCUCUCUCUGGAUGGUAACAGUCUGACCACAGCUGAUCUGGUCCGUUUGGGGAAAGGCCUGUUCAACAUCAAGCUGACCUGCGAGGCUGAAGGGAAAGUCAAUGAAGCCAGAGAAGUGAUAGAAACCAUCAUAAAAGAAAACCGAGUUGUCUAUGGCGUCAACACAGGGUUUGGGAAAUUUGCCCAUACACUCAUUCCGAAGGAUAAACUCAUGGAACUACAGGCGAAUCUGAUUCGAUCUCAUAGUGCUGGAGUGGGCACCCCAUUGAGUAUAGAGAGGACCCGUAUGCUACUGGCUCUGAGGAUCAACGUUCUGGCCAAAGGGUACAGUGGCGUCUCCAUGGAAACGGUCCAGGCUAUGGUCAAAGCCUUCAAUGCCUCCUGCCUGUCGUUGGUGCCAGAGAAGGGGACGGUGGGGGCUAGUGGAGACCUGGCCCCCCUGGCCCACCUCACCCUGGGUCUUAUGGGAGAGGGCAGGAUGUGGUCGCCUCAACGCGGCUGGGACCACGCCAAAACAGUACUGGAGUGUCAUGGACUCACACCUUUGGUACUGAAGCCAAAAGAGGGCAUUGGUCUGAUUAACGGGACUCAGAUGAUGUCAUCUCUGGCGGCGGAGGCAGUGGAGAGAGCUGUGGGCGUGGCCAGGCAGGCUGACAUCAUCGCUGCCCUCAGCCUGGAGGCCCUGAGGGGCACCACCAAGGCCUUCCACAGCGACAUCCAUGCAGUGAGGCCACACCCUGGUCAGAUAGAGGUGGCUCUGAGACUCCGCUCUCUACUCCACUCUGAAGUCUUCCCCUCCCAGAUCUCUGAGAGUCAUAGGACAUGUGACCGUGUCCAGGAUGCAUACACCCUCCGCUGUAUCCCACAGGUUCAUGGGGUGGCUAACGACACCAUAGCCUUCGUGAAGAACAUCCUCUCCACUGAGCUCAACAGUGCCACUGACAACCCUCUGGUUUUUGCAGAGCGAGGUGAGACCAUCUCUGGGGGUAAUUUCCAUGGAGAAUACCCAGCCAAGGCUCUAGACUACCUGGCCAUCGGGGUCCAUGAGCUGGCCAGUAUGAGCGAGAGGAGGACAGAGAGGCUGGUCAACCCCUCCCUCAGUGAGCUGCCUGCCUUCCUGGUCCAAGACGGAGGCCUCAACUCUGGCUUCAUGAUUGCACACUGCACUGCUGCCGCCCUUGUAUCUGAGAAUAAGGUGUUGUGCCACCCAUCCUCCGUGGACUCCCUGUCCACCAGCGCAGCCACUGAGGACCACGUCUCCAUGGGGGGCUGGGCCGCUAGGAAGGCCCUGAGGGUGGUGGAACACGUAGAGCAAGUUCUGGCCAUAGAGCUGCUCGCUGCCUGUCAAGCCCUGGAGUUUCUCCGCCCCCUCAAGUCCACUACCCCUCUGGAGAAGGUCCAUGAGCUAGUGCGUUCUGUUGUCAGGCCUUGGGAUCGUGACCGUCAAAUGAGUCCUGACAUUGAGGCUGUUCACACACUCCUCAGGGCGGAAAAGGUGUGGGAGGCGGCUCGACCAUACAUGGACCAAUACCGAGACAGGCUCGGACUGAAACCACUCCCACUGGAUGACUAGGAUAUUUGUAUCAAAAUGACUCAAGUAUUUCUUGCUUCUACUGUAUGAUUCCAAAUGCAGGAUUCAAGUUUAUUAAAGGUUAUUAGAGAUAUACAGUGCAAACAAUAAAUGAGCUUAAAAAACAAA